AUGCACGUCCUCCGGCGCCGCCGCGUCCUGCAGCAGCUCACGCCCGGCGUGCUCAUCCACGACGCGGCGUUACGCGAGAUUGAGACGCUCCCUCACAAUUUGCUCGACGCCGCCUUCCCGGGCCGGCUGCUCUCGGAGCUCUUUCGCUCGCUGGCCUUGACGGGGCUUCUCGAGCCCCGCGGUCUCGGCUUCACCGCGGCGGGCGGGCACCCGUCCUCCUUCAUCUACGAGGACACGACCUGCAACCACCAGGCGUUGAAGGCGGCGAUCACCUCUCGCGCGGCCGGCAAGGCGGGCACCGCUGCCCUGAAGCGUCUGAAGCGGCUGCUCGAGGCGCUCGACAGGCGCGCAGGCUACCGCCUGCACAAGGCCGUCCGCCUCUACCCGCCGCUCGGCAGCAUCCGCCGCCACGCCGACAAGCACUACAGGCAGCGCCGCACCGUCACCACCGUCCUCUUUGACCGUCGCGAGCGGCACAAGCUCGACUUCUCCGUUUGCUUCUCGAACGAGCGCAGCUCUAAGGUGGACCCGGCGUACGAGACGGCGCAGCUGCAGCUCCCGGCAGGAGCCUCGUGCUACACGCUUGGGCCGGUCUCCUCCGGCUGCGCCCUGCUCUGUGGAGACCGACAGAAACCCGCCGCGCGCACCCUGCAGCACCAGCCCUCCCCGGCACCGUGCUGGGCCGCCACGCUGGUGGUUGACUUCAUGGAGGACGCGCAGGUGGAGCCCGUGCUCAAACUGACCUGCAAGGAGAUGGCGGAGAUGAAGGCCUGA